AUGACCGUUGGUAUUACGAGAGCUCGCGAAGUGGAAACGCUUGAGGAUGCGUUCCAAGAUAUCAAGAAACAGAGGACCCAAUCGUUUGAUCGAUCAGCGUUGAGCGAACCAGUAUCCACAAUAGAAAUAAUUCCUACUGACAAGUUCAAGAAACAGAACGUUUUAGGGUACAAGUCUAGUAAAGUUAAUGAUACGGUGGGGAAAGGUAACCCUACAGCUUUUGAGGAGGAACUUUCGCUUAUGGAUCAUGAACUGGUGGAAAAGACAGAGUGUGGUCAGAGUAAAGUAUGGUCUAGGGUACCUAUUCCAGCGGAUUUCAAUGCAAAGACGAGCGAUAUUUCAUUUCAACAAUUGGAUGCAGAGCAAGCGAUGCUACCUGGUCAAUACGAUUCUAAUACGAAUAUUGUCAUAAGAUUUUUUGGGGUCACUGACAAGGGUAAUUCUAUACUGUGUAACGUGACGGGGUUCAAACAUUAUCUUUACGUUCCUGCGCCCCUGGGUUUCCAUCAGGAAAAUAUUUUGACACUUCAGCAGUACCUAAACGAGCAUUAUGAGAAUAAUGUGGAUUCUAUUAAGAUUGUUCCAAAGCAAAGUAUAUGGGGGUUUUCAGGAGAUGCAAAGAUUCCGUUCUUACAGAUAUUUGUGAAGAACCCCAACCUGCUGAAUAAGAUUAGGACAGGUUUUGAGAAGGGAUACAUUCAGCCGAACGAUAAAUGGUUUGUUGGUGGUUGUACAACAUACGACAACAUUGCUUUCCCACUCCGGCUGAUGAUCGAUUGUGGGAUUGUAGGAAUGUCCUGGAUUACUUUACCCGCUAGUAAGUAUCAAUUGGUUCCAGUUAACCAACGAAUCUCCACAUGCCAGUUUGAAGUCAAUAUAAACUAUAAGGAUUUGAUUGCACAUCCUGCAGAAGGUGAAUGGUCCCAUAACGCUCCGCUAAGAAUCAUGUCUUUCGAUAUUGAAUGUGCUGGUAGGCCCGGUGUCUUUCCAGAACCUGAACACGAUUCUGUGAUACAGAUAGCUAAUGUUGUUAGUAUCUCGGGUGCUGCCAAACCUUUCAUUAGAAAUGUCUUCACCGUGAACUCAUGCUCUCCCAUUACCGGAUCUCAGAUAUUUGAACAUGAUAAAGAAUCAGAUAUGUUGGAACAUUGGCGUGAUUUUAUUGUUGAAGUAGAUCCCGAUGUUGUUAUAGGUUAUAACACCACUAAUUUCGAUUUCCCGUAUUUGAUUGAUAGGGCGGCUGCAUUGGGGGUACAGUCAUUCCCAUAUUUCGGAAGAUUAUCAAACGUAAAACAAGAAGUCAAAUCAUCUACUUUUUCGUCCAAAGCUUACGGUACCCGUGAAUCCAAGAACAUCAACAUUGAUGGACGUUUACAAUUGGAUUUACUGCAAUUUGUGCAAAGAGAGUAUAAAUUGAGAUCUUACACAUUGAACGCGGUGUCUGCUCAUUUCUUAGGUGAACAGAAAGAGGACGUUCAUCACAGUAUUAUCACGACUUUACAGAAUGGAGACAGUGAGACAAGGAGAAGAUUAGCGGUUUACUGUUUGAAAGAUGCGUAUCUUCCGCUGAGACUUAUGGAAAAACUCAUGGCAUUGGUUAACUAUACGGAAAUGUCAAGAGUCACUGGUGUUCCGUUCAUGUAUUUACUUGCUCGUGGUCAACAGAUCAAAGUUAUCUCACAGCUUUUCAGAAAGUGUCUGCAAAUUCAAACAGUAAUUCCAAACAUGAGUUCACAAGGUUCGGAUGAGCAAUAUGAAGGUGCGACCGUUAUUGAACCGAAGAGAGGAUAUUAUGACGUUCCUAUUGCAACGUUGGAUUUCAGUUCCCUAUAUCCAAGUAUUAUGAUGGCCCAUAAUCUUUGUUAUACUACAUUGUGUGAUAGAGCAACAGUCCAGAGACUUAAUCUCAAACUUGAUGAAGAUUAUAUUGUAACUCCAAACAAUGACAUUUUCGUCACUUCGAAAGUUAGGCGUGGUGUUUUACCGGAAAUUUUGGAAGAAUUGAUUGGGGCCAGAAAGAAGGCCAAAUUUGAUUUAAAGAAUGAAACGGACCCCUUCAAAAGAGAUGUUCUUAAUGGUAGGCAAUUAGCUUUAAAAAUCUCGGCAAACUCUGUGUAUGGUUUUACAGGGGCCACUGUUGGAAAGUUACCAUGCCUAGCCAUUUCUUCCUCUGUCACUUCUUUCGGUCGUACCAUGAUCGAAACUACAAAGAACGCCGUGGAAAAUAAAUACUGUAUCAAAAAUGGUGCAUCUCAUGAUGCUGUUGUUGUCUACGGUGAUACUGAUUCUGUCAUGGUCAAAUUUGGUACCACAGAUUUAGAAGAAUCUAUGAAACUUGGUGCUGAGGCUGCUGCAUAUGUUUCAUCUCUGUUCAAGGACCCUAUCAAACUUGAAUUUGAGAAAGUUUACUUUCCCUAUCUAUUGAUUAACAAAAAGAGGUACGCAGGUCUCUAUUGGACUAAUCCAAAAAAAUAUGACAAACUCGACCAGAAGGGUUUGGCCUCUGUUAGAAGAGACUCAUGUCCUCUUGUCUCAAUUGUUAUGAACAAGGUCUUGAAGAAGAUAUUGAUUGGUAGAAAUGUAGAUGGUGCUAUGCAGUUUAUCCGAGAAACUAUCGAUGAUAUUUUGCAAAAUCGUUGUGAUAUCUCUAAAUUGAUCAUUUCCAAAACAUUGGCACCAAAUUAUACGAAUCCGCAACCACAUGCUGUGCUUGCUGAACGCAUGAAAAAGAGAGACGGUGUCGGUCCAAAUGUCGGUGACCGUGUAGAUUAUGUUAUAAUCGGUGGGGGUGAUAAACUUUUUAAUAGAGCAGAAGACCCGCUGUAUGUGCUUGAACAGAACCUCCAGCUAGAUUCUAUCUAUUAUUUGAGUAAUCAACUACAAAAUCCAAUUAUAAGUAUUAUUGCUCCUAUCAUCGGUGAGAAACAAGCAAAUUCGAUGUUUAUUGUCAAAUCCAUCAAACGUCAAAGUGGGCCAGUUGGGGCAGCCUCGAAACAAAAAGGUGGCUUGAUGAGUUUUGUUAAAAAGGUCGAUACUUGUAAGAGUUGCAAGCGCGUCCUCCGUAAAAAUGAAGGGCCGUUAUGCAAUGACUGCUUAUCUAGAUCAGGAGAAUUAUAUAUGGAGGCCCUGUAUGACGUAAGAACGCUAGAGGAACGUUUUUCGAGACUAUGGACGCAAUGUCAGCGCUGCUCAGGAUCAUUACACAACGAGGUUCUAUGCUCUAAUAAAAAUUGUGAUAUAUUUUACAUGAGAGUUAAGGCAAAGAAAGAACUUCAAGAGAAAGUGAUAGAAUUAAGUAAAUGGUAA